AUGAUGGACACCUCUGAUGUAAUCGGGGCGCAUAUCAAGCAGCUGCAGAAUCGCGUGCUGGUGCAACAUGCGCCUACGGUUGCGCGCUUCAAAAGGCGGGAAAUCGACAGGCAGGGCCACGAUUUACAGACUAUAGACGCAUGUUCGGAGUACACGCUCCUGGCGCCCACCAGCGACAACGGGCUUGUGGGAUGUCUUAACUCAUGUGCCGUGUUCACCAUGCUCGAGCAGAAGCCUGUCAAAAAGAGGCAGGGGCUUACGCAGGCGUAUUCCGUGCUUGUAACGCUGAAGUGCGAAUUCGUCAACAUACGGGACGGGAUCACGAAGUACCUCUUCCAGGUACUCGCAGACCACGAUGUCUGCAACCACGGAUAUUUCCACAACAUACAGGUUAACCAAAAUGGGUCCCUUUUGCUACUCACAGCAGCCUCGGCGGUGUAUGUGGUGCGCAUACCAACGGAGAUGGACGACGACAACGUGGUGGCUGACGCCGCUACGCAGGCGCUCCUUUACAGCAGCAUCAUCCGUGCAGAACGGGUACUCAGCAGGUGCACUGGUUGGCGCCGCCAUGCACCACUGAAAGUCGUCAAGGCUAAAUUCCAUCAGCAGUACGCCAACACCAUAUGCCUGCUGACCAUGGAACAGAAGAGCGAUGCUACACAAAGUGCCGAAGGUUUUGACAAGGAAGAUGCCAGCACAAGACGCUCAGAUGGAAUAUUAAUAGGGAAUGGUUCAGAGUCAGCUGGAAGCUAUCACAACGAUGGAGAUGCGCAGAUGCGGGCAUCGUGGACGCCUACACCCUUGAAUGUGGAAAUGCAGGGAGUGGUUCGCAUAUUCAACGUCGAUCAGAGUAUCGACUCUCCGUACAUGACGCUAAAACUCACUGAGGGGAUGUGCCGAACGGGUGAUGCAAACGCGAAAUUCGAUGCGGAUGCAACACCUCAGGGGGCUGCGGUGGAUUUCGCAUGGGUCGCCGAGGGGGAGUUCACCUGGCGGGCGAUGACGCUGCUCGUGAUGUCGAACUACGGCCUGAUAUUCGCCUACUGCCCCAUCUUGCUCCCGGCGUGCAUUAACACUUUUAGCAGGAAACGAGCAAUAAUGAAUCUGUCAUUGGAUCUCAUGAAGAAGGGCUAUCGCAUGAAGGCGGUGCCGCAUAUGGACCGAUUCACCGGCCACGAAGACGUCACGCUGCUCAUGGGAAGUCUGGCAAACAUAUCGCAAUCAAAAGAGGUCAAAACUGACGAAGACGAGGUGGUUAUUUUACCCUCGGUCUACAGGUUGGAAACGGAACAUGUAGUCAGGCCUAUGUUCGAUGCCAUGGUAGUUAUUAAUACGGAGCCUGAGAUAGCCGUUGUGGCGUCAGCAUCGAACGGCGACGUAGCGCUGUAUAAGUCGAAGGUGCCCGUUGUGCCCCGUACUACUCACUUCUACAGGCCAGGGGCGAGGACGGUGCUAGCGUUCUUGCGGGUCGACGAAGAUCGCAAUCAUAGCGCUAAAUGCGAUUCGCGUGUAAGGCUGAUUCGCAUCUCGGAAAAUACAUGCCUCGCGCACUCAGCAAUGGGGACGGAUGUACUCACCAUAAAUGGCGGAGAUAUCGACGUUAAGAACAUCGUCAAGACGAGAUUCGCCGGUGAUCACGUCUACUACCACUCGCAGCCACUCAUAGUUGCAGACUCAGGUGAAAAGCACACGCAUCAUGCAUUUGAAGGCAAGUGGUGCGACCGGAGUCGCAACGUGUACAUGUUCCAGGCCAAAUACUGCUACAUUGUAUCCCAGCAAGAAUUGAAGCACCUUGCCACUACCGUGGGGCAAACUUCAUGCUUCUAUCGUUCGUCAGAGCGCGAAAUUGCCGAGCAACCGCAUAAAAGUGUCGAGUUUCCCCUGGUUCCGAUGGUGAGGGCGGCGAUUGCAUUACCACCGGCAGUGGAAACUAUGCCCAGUAUAAGCCAGCCCGUCAACAGCUCCAUGCAGAAGCUUGUACAACGCGCAGCUGAGGCGGAGGCAUUUUCCAAACAGGCUUUCAAGAAUGCCAGAGAGCUGGUUAAGAAAGAAGGCGAAUUCAAAACGAAAGCCGUUGCGAUGGUCAAACUGCUAUCGGAAGUUGACUCCAGAACCAUGUUCUACCUCAAGGGGCGCAAGGUCUUCGAGGAUUCACUGGCGGAAUCGAUAGAGGUGUACAACAAACUGCACGCCGACGCCGAAAAGGUCUUUGCCGACCUUCCCGCAUUCCACCAAAGGGUGCAGGACCUGAAAGCACGGGCACAGCGCAUAAAACGCAACAAUGAGGAUAUGGUGGAACGCCAACAGAGGAUUGCCUUGAUGAAGCUAGAGUUGCGCCAAUCGGGACUCAAUGAGGCUUCGGUGCAGCAGCUUGCCGAUCUUAUAACCCACGUAUACAUCAAGUGCUCCCAGAACAUGUGCAAGCAGAUCGCAUACAGGGUCAACCAGGACGACAAGCUCUAUAAUUACAAGGAAUGCGUCAAACGAGUCAUCGAUCAGUGGCUGGCGGAAACCCUCAACUCCAACAUCGAAACAAUGGAGAAGACCUUUGCCAGAAUUCAGAGCAUUCGCAAUCGCAUAAUAGACCUCAGUUGA